AGGAAAAGGGAAGGCGAGUUUGAGACUCGUGAAGCUGUAGGGAAGCCUGGAGCUAGAGCGCAGGCACUGGGUAGACGGGUUUUGCCGGCGUAGGGGGCUGCCCCCUCGAGAGCGAGGUGCCCAAGGACCCCUGUUGAUAAACACGGUACGUUGCCGGGCCGCCCUAACUCCCGUAGGUCCAGGCUGUUGCUACCAUCAAGGAGCUGUUUAUGGCGCCACCUCCCCACGGACCAGCCUCCAGUGUCCCUAUCUACUCUCCCUACAACCAAAGCUCAUGAGGCCCUCCCUCCAGGGUUCUCAGCCUAGCUGGGCCUGGGAAGCUCGAGCUGGGGAAUGCUAACCAGCACGCAGCUCUCGCCGCUCCAGCCUUGAGAGGAAGUCAGUGAUGGAUAUGGCUGCUCUCUCCAACCUGGCAUCGAACCAGUUAACUAACCUCCAGCUCCACACAGCAACCUUCUACAGGGGCCAACCCUCCGCCUUUGCGGGAGGAGGAGCCGCUGCCGGGUCAGUGUUUUCAUUGGUGAGUGUGAUCGGGGCCUUCCAGGACCCACCAAUCCAGGAGCAGGAAGGUAAGGUCGGGAGUGUGCCGCGACAAUAGAGUGGACGGAGAGUCGGAGAGACCGAAAUACUGGGAGGGGGGCGAGCGGUGGAGGCAGCGGACUGAAACUCUAGGCCUAGUGGGGGCGGGCGGGAGGGAAAGCGCUUCAGAAGACUGGCGGCAGGUCGGAGCCCAGAGCCCUGCGCUAGCAGAUAGCGUGGGUGUGGCCCUUAUCCACCUCCCAGCCCCCGCCUCUGGGACGCCGGCGGCAUGAUGUGUUGAGACCUCUGUCUCCUCCUUUCCCCUCAUUUUUCUCGUUCCUCUCGUGGGCUUCACCAUGGGCCGGACCGUGGUCGUGCUGGGAGGAGGGAUCAGCGGCUUGGCCGCUAGUUACCACCUGAGCCGGGCCCCUUGUCCCCCCAAGGUGGUAUUGGUGGAGGGCAGCGAGCGCCUGGGAGGCUGGAUCCGCUCGGUACGAGGGCCAGAUGGUGCUGUCUUUGAACUUGGACCUCGAGGAAUUCGGCCGGCGGGAGUCCUGGGAGCCCGGACCCUGCUCAUGGUUUCCGAGCUUGGCUUGGACUCAGAAGUGUUGCCUGUCCGGGGAGACCAUGCAGCUGCCCGGAAUAGGUUCCUGUACGUAGGCGGCGCCCUGCACGCCCUGCCCUCUGGCAUCAGGGGGCUACUCCGCCCUUCACCUCCCUUCUCCAAACCUCUGUUUUGGGCUGGGUUGAAGGAGUUGACUACGCCCCGGGGCAAAGACCCUGAUGAGACUGUGCACAGUUUCGCCCAGCGUCGCCUUGGUCCUGAGGUGGCGUCUCUAGCCAUGGACAGUCUUUGCCGUGGAGUGUUUGCAGGCAACAGCCGUGAGCUCAGCAUCAGGUCCUGCUUUCCAAGUCUCUUCCAAGCUGAGCAAACCCAUCGAUCCAUAUUACUGGGGCUGCUGCUGGGGACAGGGCGGGGCCCACAGCCAGACUCAGCACUUAUUCGCCAGGCUCGGGCUGAGCGCUGGAGCCAGUGGUCACUCCGUGGAGGGCUGGAGACAUUGCCUCAGGCCCUUAACACCCACCUGACUAGUAGGGGUGUCAGUGUUCUCAGAGGCCAGCCAGUCUGUGGGCUCAGCCUCGAAGCAGAAGGGUGCUGGAAGGUGUCUCUAGGGGACAGCAACCUGGAGGCUGACCACAUUAUUAGUGCCAUUCCAGCUUCAGUGCUCAGCAAGCUGCUCCCUGCUGAGGCUGCACCGCUGGCUCGUGCUCUGAGUACCAUCACUGCUGUGUCUGUGGCUGUGGUGAAUCUGCAGUACCGAGGAGGUCGUCUGCCUGUCCAGGGAUUUGGACAUUUGGUGCCAUCCUCAGAAGACCCAGGCAUCCUGGGAAUCGUGUAUGACUCAGUUGCUUUCCCUGAGCAGGAUGGGAGUCCCCCUGGCCUCAGAGUGACUGUGAUGUUGGGAGGUUCCUGGUUACGGACAUUAGAAGCCAGGGGCAGUGUCUUAUCUCAGGAGCUGUUCCAAAAGGAGGCAGAGAAAGCAGCUGCCACUCAGUUAGGACUGAAGGAGCCACCAAGUCACUGCUUGGUCCAUCUACACAAGAACUGUAUCCCCCAGUAUACUUUAGGCCACUGGCAAAAACUGGAGUCAGCUACCCAAUUCCUGGCUGCUCAGAAGCUGCCUUUGACUCUGGCCGGAGCCUCGUAUGAGGGGGUUGCUGUCAAUGAUUGUAUAGAGAGUGGGCGCCAGGCAGCAGCCCGUGUCCUGGGCACAGAACCUAGCAGUUGAUCCUCAAACCCCACUUCUUCCUGCCCCUGCUCACAGGGAUUCUCUCACCCAUGAAAAUAAAAGAUGCUGGAGCGUG